UUGAAGUUUUACAGCCAACCAAUGGUAAAUACUUCAGCUCAGAGUAAGUCUGUGCCAUCAGUCUGACCCAGACACUAUGUGCAUCUAGAAGUUUUUGGUUUAGGACCUGUCUGAGAACCAAGAUGUCGGUGAAAGGUGUUGCCCUUUACACCUUCAUAAGUGAAAACAAAGAGGAAAUCAGCAUCCAAGAGAACGAGGAAGUGAUCAUCUUUGACGAGAACUCGGUGGAUGGCUGGUUCCAAGGGGAGAACAGCCGAGGGGAGAGGGGUCUCUUCCCUGCGGCCUACGUGAGCGUUGUCCGCACCAGGUCCGACUCCAACCUGACAGACUGCUCCGUAAGCCCAGCGGGCUCUUUAGGAAACGACUCCUCCUAUUUCCCAUCCACCCCGAACGCCUCGCUCAACUCUGGGCAGAUUUAUGACGAGGACGAUGACGACGACUGGGAUGAAUGGGACGACAGGUCUACGGUUGUGGACGACGGUGAUGGCACCAGGGGUCCUGGAGCUAAUGGAGCCAAUGGACAUGCGUAUCAGACCCAACUGUCCAACAAUCCCAAUGUGCACUACAGGAGCAAGUCGGCGCCAGGACAAGACAGCAUGUCCAGCUCCAGGAAGGGCAGCAUGGUGGGAAGAAACUUGAACCGAUUUUCUAGCUUUGUCCGCUCAGGAGUGGAGGCCUUUGUGCUCGGUGACGUCCCCAUGAUGGCAAAGAUUGCAGAGUCUUACACUAUUGAGAUGGGGCCCCUGGGGCCCCGAUGGAAGGAGAACCCGCAGCCUUUCACCUGCUCCAUUGAAGACCCCACCAAACAGACAAAGUUCAAGGGUAUCAAGACCUACAUAUCAUACCGAGUCACGCCGAGCCACACGGGGCAUCCUGUCUACAGACGCUACAAACACUUUGACUGGCUCUACAACCGUUUGCUGCACAAGUUCACUGUGAUCUCCGUGCCUCACCUCCCAGAGAAGCAGGCCACGGGCCGAUUCGAGGAAGACUUCAUUGAGAAGCGUAAGCGGCGACUAAUACUGUGGAUGAACCACAUGACAAGUCACCCAGUCCUCUCCCAGUACGAAGGCUUUGAGCACUUUUUGAUGUGCACUGACGACAAGCAGUGGAAACUGGGCAAGAGGCGGGCAGAGAAGGAUGAGAUGGUGGGUGCCCAUUUCAUGCUGACCCUCCAAAUCCCCAGUGAGCACCAGGACCUUCAGGACGUCGAGGAGAGGGUGGACAACUUUAAGACUUUUGCCAAGAAGAUGGACGACAGCGUGUUGCAGCUCACGCACGUCGCCUCGGAGCUGGUGCGAAAACACCUGGGUGGAUUCAGGAGGGAGUUCCAGCAGCUAGGAAAUUCCUUCCAGUCCAUCAGCCAGGCGUUCAUGCUGGAUCCACCCUACAAGUCGGAUGCACUCAACAACGCCAUUUCCCACACGGGCCGCACCUAUGAAAACAUUGGGGAGAUGUUUGCAGAUCAACCAAAGUAUGACCUCUUCCAAAUGCUGGAUAAACUGUCGCUCUAUCAAGGCCUGCUCGCAAACUUCCCUGACAUCAUUCAUCUGCAGAAAGGUGCCUUUGCAAAGGUAAAGGAAAGCCAGCGGAUGAGCGACGAAGGGAAGAUGGACCAGGACGAAACCGAUGGCAUCAGGAAGCGCUGUCGGACUGUGGGCUUCGCCCUCCAAGCAGAAAUGAGCCACUUCCAUCAGCAGCGAGAGGUGGACUUCAAAGACAUGAUGCAGGCGUACCUCAGGGAGCAGAUAGCCUUUUACCAACGGAUUGUCCAGCAACUGGAGCGCACCCUGCGCAUGUACGACAGCUUUUAAACACGGUCCUCUGGGUCAGAAUGCUACAAAGCACACUACAGAAAACAUGAAUAACCUUUGACUCUUUCGUCUCGGUGGUUUAUGAUGAAAAACCAGAAGAAAACCACAGUUACUGGAAAGAUGUGCAAACGUCAGGCUUUUAUAAAAUUUGAUGGCUUCAGAGUUGCCUUUUUAUCCACCUACUGUAUGUUUUAUAUCUGGAAAACGCACCACGCAGACAGUGUUGCAGCAUAUUUGACCUAAUUUAUGGUUUUUGUAAGAGAAGCAAGCGUCAUAAUGAAUCUAUAGCGUUUCACAUUAAAGCCAUAAAAUGGGUUCUGUUCGGUAAGGGUCCCCUUUUUUUUUCAAACAACAUGCACUUUGACUUCUUCAGGGAUUGAUUCGAGUUAUGUUCAGUGUUUAACAGAUUUAAAAAACAGCACCUAAUAAACUUUGCACAGGUUUUUCCUCAUUCCUCCAGCCGGGCACUGA